AAAAUAGUAUUGAAUUAUAAAAUUGUAAAAGAAAAAUCGUGAUAAUUGUAAAAUAGUGUUUCAAAUAUAAUCUACAAAUAAAAUAUUUACAGAUGAGUCGCAAGGAAGCAUUAUCACAAUUUAUUCAGCAAAUACAUGGACGUCCUGUUGUCGUGAAGCUAAAUAGUGGGGUAGAUUAUAGAGGUGUUUUAGCUUGUCUUGAUGGUUAUAUGAAUAUAGCUCUUGAACAAACAGAAGAAUAUGUAAAUGGUCAAUUGAAAGAUAAAUAUGGUGAUGCAUUUAUUCGUGGUAAUAAUGUCUUAUAUAUCAGUACGCAGAAACGUAGAACUUAAGUAAAAUAAAUAUAUAAUUUAUA